AUGAUUGGGUCAAUACCUGAGUCCUGUCCUGCAACUCAGAAGCUCAACAAGAAUCCAGUGGAAGGCUUUUCAGCAGGCUUGAUAGAUGACAAUGAUCUUUAUCGAUGGGAAGUCCUGAUCAUUGGUCCUCCAGAUACACUAUAUGAAGGUGGUGUUUUCAAGGCUCAUCUUACUUUUCCAAAAGACUAUCCACUGAGGCCGCCAAAAAUGAAAUUCAUCACAGAAAUCUGGCAUCCAAACGUUGACAAGAACGGCGACGUCUGCAUUUCAAUUCUUCAUGAGCCUGGAGAAGACAAAUAUGGCUAUGAAAAACCUGAGGAACGCUGGCUUCCCAUUCACACAGUGGAAACUAUCAUGAUUAGUGUUAUUUCUAUGCUGGCAGAUCCCAAUGGUGAUUCUCCUGCUAAUGUUGAUGCAGCGAAAGAGUGGAGAGAAGACAGAAAUGGAGAAUUUAAAAGAAAAGUUGCCCGCUGUGUAAGAAAAAGCCAAGAAACUGCUUUUGAGUGACACUUAUUCAGCAGCUAGUAGCUUCACUUUUUUCAGGGUCUCCAAUUGAGAAACAUGGCACUGUUUUUUUUCCUGCACUCUACCCACCUAUUGCUGGACUUCUGUUGUUACAAGUUGGCAAACACUGGCUGGAACUGGGCUGCAAUAAAACAUGCCAGUUAUCAAUGCUGACAAGAGCCUAACAAGUGCCAACACAAGAUGAUUACGCAUUUUGAAAUCUAAUAAACUGCUUUAACCUUCAGGAAGAAUUGUAAAGAUGUGUACAUAGCACAACAUGAUCCGGAUAAUAUAUAUACUGUUCAUGUACAUCCACAAAUACACAUUGUACCAAAUAAUGCUGUCUGUAGUUAGGAAUAGAAUAAUGUAAAUUCUAAAGAUUUUAGCAGGUUUUUCUCUCCCUGUUCAUUGUUUCCUAUCAGUUUAAGAAAAAACAAAACCAACACAACUUGUGAAGCAUGUCAAACUAAAACCAAUUAGGAUAAAGGGUUUUUUAUUUUAUUUUUUUUCACCCCCCCCUUUAAUUUUCCUUUGACCCUCUGAGGCUUAAUUAAAAUCUCUUGCUUAUUAAAGUUUAGUAUAAUCUUUUCUGGUUUUUGGAAAUGUGCUCCCUUUUAUUUCCCCCAUCAGAACUUAAAAUUUUCCUAAUUAAACCCUGAAAGGAUUUGCUAUCAAUUACUUCUGUCUUCUUCUAUGAUGACCUCUGUAGUAUCAAAGGUGCUUUUUUUUUUUUUUUUUUUUUCCCCUUCCCACCCCUUUUUUAAACCCAAUUGCACAUACUUCUUGAAUUGGGUAUAGCAAUAAAACUGGCCAUGGAGCACCCUUGAGCAGCAGCCUGCUGGAUUUUUAACUUCCAAGGGACUUGAGUGCUUUCACUUGGAAGUUCAGUUGACUAAGUCAAUCCAAGAUAGGAAUGAGCUGCUUUUUUGGGUGAUACUUUUCUUUUUUUUGCAUUUUUCAUUGCCUGUUUGUGGGGUGGGGUGUGUGUGGGGGAGGCUUGGUUUUUUUCUCAAGGUUGAGUUGAAGCAUGCACAGCUAUAGGCUUUCAAAUGACUAACUUCUGGGUUUGGUAUAAAAAAUAGUUUCCCUCCUUUUCCCUUUUCUCUCCUCUGUGGCCCUUCAUAUUCUUUGCCUUCUACUUCAGAGUUUUCCUCACCUACUGUACAAAGAGAAUUGCGAUGUAUAUUUUCAUGUAAUUUGAUUUUUGGAAUUCUGUCACCUUCUGUAGUGAGUUCUUCCAAAAUAUAAUUUUUUCCAAUAA